CACAAGCAACACAGUAUGGUGGGAUUCUACAAGACAACGAAACCAGUGCUGAUAGUUCGCGAACCAGCUUUGGUAAAAGUCGUCAUGCAGAGUAAGUUCUUGAACUUCCACGAGAACGGAAUGAAAAUCGAACUCGACAUGGACCCUCUGUUAGCCAAGAAUCCGUUCUUCAUUUACGGAGAAGAAUGGUCGGCCGGAAGGAAACGCCUGACUUACGCGUUCUCCAACGUGAGGCUGAAAACCCUUUUC